AUGUCAUGGACAUUGUGCAGCUUACAGAUGUUGUUCGAAUCAGUGUUAACCUUGUUCACGGCCAUUUUGACGACAUCAUUCGUCGAGAGUGGUAAUGUUGCACUGUGCAAGGAUCAAGCAGACUGUGCCACAUGCGCCUCAUCCUACAUUUAUGUCUUCGGAUUCCGAGAAUAUUGCAGGUGGUGCGCAAGUUCGAACACGUGUGGGGGACCAUUCGCUUGUGCACCAGGCACUGGCGUAGUGCAACGUGAACCCUUCCAGUGCCCCAUAAAGUCACCGACCGCAAAAGGACGUCGUUACACGGACAAAUUGGGACGUUCCCUAUACGCGCUCUGCCUGGCCGUUCAACAGACCGAUCCGAAAAUUUGUUUGUCCAACAGUCGACCUGAUGUCAAAAUGGAAAGACGUUAUGAUGUUGAAUGUGAUGCAUCUCAUAAUCAUUGCGCAGCAAUGUUGGCCGUUUCGGAAGCAGCCAAAAGUAUUUACGUUGUUUACAAAUCAUCGAAUAUGGAUAAACAGAUCAUUGCUGAGUUCAUUCAUGUUAUCGCUGCCCAAUUUGGCGCUUGGGAGAAAUUCGUUGGUGGCUCAGGAGUGAUGACCUAUUUUUAUAGUGCAUUCCAACGGCUAUUCGUCGAUUCCGGAAUGAAGACUGAUUUGACGAAAAUGAAGGAAAAAUACCCCGGCUAUAAAGUUUGGGUAACUGGACAUUCAUUGGGCGCUUCACUGGCAUCGAUGACGGCGCUCUAUUUGGUCAAUGAAACGAUCUUCCCGGCCGAUCGUGUUCGUUUGGUGACAUUCGGUGAGCCGAGAACGGGUAAUGUGGCGUUUGCAAGAGCAGUCGAAGAGAACGUUAGAUUCAGAUAUCGUGUUGUACACGCUAAUGAUUUGGUAACCAAUUUGCCAACUUCAAUGGAUCCGGCUGGUCUCUUCGUUACGACGGCAAUCGCUGAACGACAACCAUAUUUUUAUCGUCAUCUGAUUCAUUACGACAAUGAAAUGAGACGAGGCGAUACGUUUGAGGUGAGAAAUCUGAUCAAUUUUAUACCGUCAUUCAUUGUGUGUCGGAUGACCGGAUUAUAA